GGCCCAAGGUAUUGUCGCGCCUCAGCAGGUGCAUUAGUGUCGGAGGACAGAUAGGGCAGAGACGCCUUUAAGCGGCUGUGACAGGUUAUUAAGGCAAGCGUGCGUGGGCGUGGCCAGGCAGUGACGCUCGGUUGCCAUAGAAACAGGACGGCAUCACAGAGACAGGGCUUGAGGGCCCCGCAGUGAGAGAGCGGAGCCGGAACUGUCAUGUUAUUUAUAUAGCAGCGAUAGAGGCAGAUGUUUGUUGUCGGUGCAGUAUCUGUCCCGGUCAUUCCUUACUGCCUCUCACCCGCCUGCCCCUGAGUGUCUGCUCCGAACUGAGGCAACUCGGGCCGGUCCCUUUAGCCCUCAGAGCUCUCAUUUCAUCCUCUUGAAUAUUUCUCCUCUGCUCAUAUGUAAAUAAUCCCACGCAGGGGUUUUAGGGUGAGGGUACCGGGCUGCUUUGCUCCUCCCCCUCGCCUGAGAAGCUCGCAAUCUUCCUGACUCCUCCCCACUUCCCUAAUAAUAGUAACAGCCUCAUAUGGGGCAGAAUGUCCCCCCCAGUCUUUAGCUAAAGGCUUAUUUACCUCAUCUGCCACCAAGUGGGACACAGAGUGAAACCUCAGAGAAUUCUGGGAGCUCACCUGCCUCCAGUCACUAGAGACCCCCCUGCCCCAUUCAGCAACAUGUUACCGGGCAGUAUCCACAUGUCGGGGGAAACUCUGUCUGGAGCUGAGGUUAAAGGGGUGUGUGAGGGGCUGAUGGAGGGCUCCGUGCGCCUCCUGUCCUUGCGUGGGUGCCUCUUGUCUGAUAGGGACUUUUCCCGCCUCUGCCAGGGCGUCUCGCAGUCCCCUUCUCUGGUGCAGCUCAACCUUAACCUUGGGGUGGUCUCCAGUGCCACGCGGGUCCAGCAACUGGCACAGUCUCUACAUGCCAACCGCUCGCUGCAGUCCCUCUUCCUACAUGGCAACCCCCUGACGGACACGGGAUUGGCCCUCCUCAACCCUGCGCUGGCCGGGCACCCAUCACUGAUGUCUCUGGAUCUCGGGGACUGCUUGCUUGGAGAUGAGGGCAUCGGCCUGAUCUGUGGUCUCCUGCCUCCUGAUGGGGCCAAACCAGGGCUACGGGAACUCACUCUCUCUGCUAAUCCGGCUAUCACCUGCCUGGGCUGGGCACGAUUGGCUAUUGCUGUGGCUCACAGCUCCCAAGUGCGCACUCUGAAUCUGGAUUAUAAUCCACUGGGGGAUCACAUUGCAUCUAUGUUAGCUGUGUGUGUGGCUUCCAGUCGGACUUUGGAGGUUCUGGAUUUGGAAGGGACAGGACUGACCAAUAAAUCUGCUCAGAUUCUCCUUGACAUGGUGCAGAAUUAUCCAACCCCUCUGAAAACCCUUGUUCUGUCAGAGAAUAACAUCAGCUUGGACCUGCAGCAGCAAAUUGCCGAUCUGCUCUCUGAAGGGGAGGAAGAGGAAGAGUAUGAUGGGCAAGUACAAGAGCAGCCAGUGAGGGAAAAGGGAUUCAAACACUCACAAGGUUCUGCUCCUCACAGGGUUCUCCUGACCUCAGGCCUAGGUGACAGUCUGCUUACAGAGACAGAGAUGUGAUCCAUGCGGUGGAAUAAACUGAUGCACGUGGCACUAAGGCACCAACGUUACCACAGAACUAGACAAUAGCACAAGUCUGUAUCAAGCACAGCCGGGGAGAUGCAGCAGCAACGGGAAGUUACUCUCUCUCUCUUGUUGUAAUAUCCCCAGAUAGAAAAUGCACAAAUGGCGGCAUCCUCCCCAAAACGUUUCUAUACCAGUCAGCAAGAUACAAACCCACUGAAAUGGCAACUAGAUUGCACAUGUGACCCACUGGCAGCACUUAGAGACACAGGGUGACCCAUUGUGGUACCGACUUGGAUAGCGGAUCCAUUCACUGAUCCCACCAGAUAAUCCAAUAUGUGAAUUAGAUGAGGAAAGGGAAGAUUCUUGUUCUUUUUGUGCUUUUACCAAAGUCUUGUAUCUCAUAUAAUCCUGUUUGGGGGCUCUAAAUGCUCAGCACCCCCACCAAGGGCAAAAGGCAAUGUAUUUACUACUAGAGGAUAUAAAAGAAAUAGAGAUUUUAUUUAACCCACUAAGUGCUCCAUGGCUGUUGGGUCCAACCAGCAGAUACUCGUAGUCUAUACAGGGAGGGCAGACACAGACUGUCCCAUUGGUUUUGCGUGUAGAGGGACAGCACAGGUAGGGUUGCCACCUGGCCGGUAAAAAUGAUGGUUGAUCCCAAUGUUAUUUAUAGGAAAAAUAAAGAUAAAUAUAUAGGAAGGCCGGUAUUUUUUUCCAGAAAAGUUGGCAACCCUAAGCACAGGGUAGCCCUUUGCACAGAGACACAUUUUGGAGAUCUGAAUUAUUGUAAAAGCACAAGCAUGUCAAUAAAGUUUAUUGCAAAUCA